AUGCUAUUCAUAACCAUCUAUCUAUCUAUCUUACUCUAUUCAUAUCUGUCUAUCUAUCUUAGUCUAUUCAUAUCUCUCUAUCUAUCUAUCUUAGGCUAUUCAUAUCUAUCUAUCUAUCUAUCUAUCUAUCUAUCUAUCUAUCUAUCUCAGAUUCUCUCCCUCUCUAUCUAUCUAUCUAUCUAUCUAUCUAUCUAUCUAUCUAUCUAUCUAUCUAUCUAUCUAUCUGAAUCUGAUUCUCUCUUUCUCACGCUCUCUUUAUAUAUAUAUAUAAAUUCCAUAAAUCUGGAUUCUCUCCUCACUCUAUCUAUCUAUCUAUCUAUCUAUCUAUCUAUCUAUCUAUCUAUCUAUCUAUCUAUCUAUGAUGCACGAGAUCUAUCUAUCUAUCUAUCUAUCUAUCUAUCUAUCUCUGUUCAUAUCUAUCUAUUUCAGUUUUUUGUUGAAAUCUAUCUAUCUCUCUAUCUAUCUAUCUAUCUAUCUAUGUCUGUUCAUAUCUAUUUCAGUUUGUUGAAAUUUAUCUAUCUACUUCAGUAUUUUUAUUCUAUCUAUCUAUCUAUCUAUCUAUCUAUCUAUCUAUCUACGCUGAAGCAAUCAUUGGACAAUGCAACUUUCUUUCCCUCACUUACUCUCUCUUCUCUUCCCUCCAUGUCUCUCUAUAUAUCUCUCUCCAUUUUUUUCCUUCCCACAUAUUUAAUAAUAAAACAUAUUUUGAAAUCUCUAUCUCCCUAUCUCAUUUUUGUUAGUCUUUUCUUCUCUCUAUCCUCUACCACUCUUUUUUUCACCCUGUGUUCCCGUUUGAAUUUAUUCACUCUCUUUUACUUGAUAUGUCCAGGUAAAGGGAAAGAAUAUCUCUGUCAAUUCGUCGGCUGA